AUGACGUACUCCAAUUUAACUGUCAUCUUGGCUGUUCAAGUAAGCUUCUUCGACUGUGGUGGAAUGGCAAUUGCUAUCUGUAUGUCACACAAAGUAGCUGACACUUCCACCCUGAUCAACUUCAUCAACGACUGGGCAGCCAUAACCCGUGAUCACAAAGCUGAUCAAUAUGUGUCUCCUGAGUUUAUUGCAGCAACUGUAUUCCCCCAAGCUGAGAUUCCACUGCUACCGCAAUCUGUGAUUGAGAAAGGGGAUUAUGUUUCCAAGAGAUUCGUGUUUGCUGCCCCGAAAGUUGCUGCCCUCAAAGCCAUGGUGUGUGACAAAGUGCAAAACCCCUCAAAAGUUGAAGUUGUGACUGCUUUUAUUCAUAAAUGUGCCAUAUCUGCAUUGAAAUCCAAUUCUGGGUCCUUGUUGAAUCCUAGUACCCUUUUGAUCCAAACGGUGAAUUUGCGUGGUAGAAUGGUUCCUCCAUUGCCGAAAAGCUCAGUAGGUAGCAUGGUUUGGUUCUAUGCAGUGCCCACAGCGGAGGAUGAGAGUGUGAUAGAGUUGCAUGACCUGGUGACUCAAAUGAAGGAGAGGAUGGCCCAUUUCUGUGUUACAUAUGCCGAGAAAUUUGGAAAAGAAUGGCCUUUGAUAUUUAUGGAGUGUAUGAAAGAUUCAAGGAAACUGUUUCAAAAACAAAACCUGGUUGUGUAUAGAUGUAGCAGUUGGUGUAGAAUCCCAGUUUAUGAAGCAGAAUUUGGUUGGGGAAAGCCAAUUUGGGUCACUAUUGCUAGCUGUGUGAUGAAAAAUAGUAUCUUUCUGAUUGAUACUAGGAAUGGAGAAGGGAUUGAAGCAUAUGUGAAUUUGGAAAAGCAACACAUGGAUGUGUUUGAGCGGGAUGCAGAGCUUCUUGCAUUUGCUUCUCUGAAUCCAAGUGCUAAUAUAGACUACAAUACGUGA